UAUUUUCUGAAGUUCCUCGCACGGUUCCACUAAUGAGAACGCAACAAAAAGAAAAUCAUACGAAAUCGCCAAGAAAACGUAUAUUUUUGGGUCCGAUUUGACCAAUAUUUUGAUGCCAAGAGCUUGGGAACUCCUGUAAAUCGCAAUGGAGGCAUCCGCUGCAAAGAUCACAUCCCUGGCCAACUCCACGUCCAUUUCCGGAGGCACAAGCUCUCCUUCCAGCGACAAAAUGAACUACGCACUGCAAGUUGCGCUGCAAACAAUCAAGGAACGGUGCAUCCAGCUGCAGCGCCGCGUGGCCAACAUGGAGGAGGAAAACCAGAGGCUGAGGGAGGUCUCCAGCAGGUCGGAAGGCGCUCCUCCGCCUGCAAGCGGUAUCGGGGUCACCGGGGAUGUCCUCUCUCUAAGAGCACAGGUCUCUGACCUGCAGCGGCAGAAGGAGCAGCUGGAGGAACACAUUGGCAUGGUGUCCAACGAGAACCGACGCCUCUGGUCUCGCCUUUCACAGAUCUCCAAGGAUCAACAGCUUAACCAGGUGCCCAGCUCCCCAGACCUGCGUGCCCAGCAGAACCAGAACCUGGUGCGCUCCAAGACCUUCACACAGCACUCGCCCAAUCCUCACCUGCGUCAGAAGAUGCUCUCCGACGGCCUUAAGGAUCUCAGCCUGGAGGAAAUAGCCCUGGAUGACUUUGGUGCUAGCAACGAGGAGCUGGGCUACCCCUACAACCUUCAAAAGGUGGAGGAAGCCACCAGCGAACCAGAUGCCAAUGUGGAUGCCAAAAGAUGCAUGGAUGGACUGCAGGAGAUGAGGCGGGAGGCCAUGAAGCAGCAGCAGGAGCUCAGCUCGGCCCUGACUUUACUAGAAAGUCGCAUUGCUCUGAAACCCUGUCCGGAAUGCGCUCAGAAAACCGCCAAGAAGCCGGAGAUGGCCGAUAAAAGUCUGGAAACGGACGACAGCCUGACCAGCGAACUGAAGAUCUAUGAAGGCCAAUACAAUGGACACAACGGAACACCGCCCAGCCAGAGGAUUAACAUUAUACAGGAGAAAAUCAAGGCCGAUGCAGCCGAUGCCAUGGAGAAGACCUGUCCCAUGUGCGGCAAACAGUAUUCCAGCCAGGUGUCCUUCAAUGCCUUCCGCGAGCACGUGGAGAUGCACUUCAUCGAUGAUGCCCUCGACUUGGAAACGGACAGCAGCAUGGAGCGACAGUUCGAGUUCGUUUCCCAUGCGGUGGGCGACUUCUGACCCAGCAGGCGCAUAUACUUCGCCACCGAACUCUGACCUAGGGUAAAAACAAAGGAUUAAGAUGCAGUUUGACUGCCCAAAAACCGCGUGCUUGUUACGUUUCUAUUGAUUAGGCCUUUAAGCCUACAUACAAAUAUCAAAAUUUGAUUAUAUUCUACUUUUAACCUUAAUGUCUAAAAGGAGUGUGCAUGAAUACUUAGUUGUUAGUGACAGAAUACGAGAUACAGUUUAAAUGUAAAGAUUGAAAAAAUGUUAAGCCGUUUUCUUCGGAUGAUUGAAAAGUGAAACCGCGCCGACCAACAUAAAUAUUAUAAUAUUAUCAACACA